UGCUAAUCAGUAUGGUUUUAAAGGUCUAAAAAUAUAGUACACUAAAAGAGAUGCAGCCUUUAGUCAUAUUCACCAUAGGCACUCUACCAAUGUUUCUAGUAGCACUAAUCAGUGAAAACCGAAAAUUCAUUGAAGCGAUCAACCUGCUGAGGGAAACCAACGGAAUUAUGAACGGAUAUCUGCCUUUUGCAGUUCCUUUUCAAGUCUCCAUACAAGUUAAACUGGGUAGUAGGUACAGGCAUCUUUGUGGUGGCAGCAUCAUUCACGAGCAGAUCAUCUUGACAGCGGCGCACUGUUUCUAUGACAGACAUCCAACAAAACAUCUUAGAGUAUUGGCCGGUGUACAAAAUCUUUCGGUGAAAACGAGACAGCAUUACCAUGUGGCGCAAGUCAUCGUCCACAAGGGCUUUGUACCACUAAAAGGUAAUGAUAUCGCCCUGAUGAAACUAGCUUGGCCAUUGCCCAUCGACGGUGUUACCUUGGAUACUGUGGACUAUCGAUCCAGUGACAAUGUGGAAGACAUCAUGGAAACGUAUCUAAUUGGUUGGGGCCAAACAAAGGAAAUUCUGGAAAUUGUCGCAUUUGCAACGCUUCAAUCGAGAGAAUGUCGUUUUCUAGGCUUUCAAUAUGUAACCAGUACUGAUUUGUGCGCUUAUAGCUCAACAGGACGUGGAGCUUGCGAGGGUGAUUCUGGUGGUGCCUUACUUACGGCGAAUCUAACCAAACAGAUCGGACUAUUGUCAUAUGGAAAGUCUUCGUGUAAGAGAAAUCAUAUAUAUGUUUAUACAAGGAUUUUUCCAUUGACACGUUGGAUAGAUCAACAAAUUGAAAACUUGUUCGGCUCACAGAGUUUUCGAGUAUGAUGUGCUAUAAAUAAAGAAAACCGUAACAUUUGUAACGAAUCAAAA